GUAACUUCGAAUAAGUUGCCUAUACUAAAGAUAAUCCUAGAGUAUCCUUAUUCUCUAUUACUUAGCGGAAAGGGCUAUUAUAAUAUAUUAAUAAUAUUAAAGUAUUUAAAGAUAAUACGAAGGAUCUCCUAUACCUUAAAUAAGUCCGUAACGCUAGGCGGCCUUUCUCCGACUUUAAGAAAAGGGAUCUUAGCUUAUUCUAAUCUAAGAUAUAAGGACUCGCUAUUCUUUAAUUAUAUAAUAGAGCUCUUAAAGAUAAAGGAGAUUACUAUAUAUCUUAUCUUUAAGAUUUAUAAUACCCUCUUUAAUUACUUUUUUAAAGUAGAGACGCUACUUAAAUAUAAGCCGGGAGAACUAAUCUCGUUUCCUUAUAAUCGCCUUUUUAAUAUUAUUCGGGAUAUUUAUUACUACUACUAUAGUCGUCUAAAAUCCGAAAUAAUCGAGGAGCUUAUAUUAUUUCUAUAUAUAAUAAGAUUUAAUAUUAAGGAUAUUAAGGAUACUAAGCUUAACCUAAUUAGUAAUAAUAAAGAGGAAGAGGGGAGACGGGCCUUAGGAAGGAAGCCUAUCGCUAUACUUACGCGAGAUACCCUUUCGUUCCUAGUAACUAGCGUAGGGGUUAAACGUCUAUUUAAUACCGCUCGGGAUAUCUGCUACUAUCGCCGUAGUAGAAUAAAGUUAAAGACUAUUAAAGAUUUAAUAAUAUUCCUUUAUACGUUAAGAUUUGAUAUAGAGGAGUAG